GAACAGGGUCCACACGGUGCUAACGCAAAACUGCGGGCGGUCAGUACCGCAACAAGCCCAUGGUGUGGUGGAGCUCGCCGACGGUACGCACCGGUCACGAGUGUCUGGACUCUCGAGCAGCCUUCGACGCCUGCUGGUGAUUCUCACUCCAGCUUCACUUGCCCUGCCCAAUUCCACGCGCAUUGCAUCCAGAGCUGCAGCGGACGCUUGUUGGACUUGGUCUUCUCAUCCGCAAUACCUAGUCUCACCUCCCACUUCUCCACUUUCGCUUCCACGAGCCCUCUUAUCACGCCUCAAAAAUGGCCUCCGAAUCGCAGCCCCCCUCGCAGCCUCUCGGGCUCCGCGACGACGCCCAGCGGCCAACCGCGACCGUCUCCAAGCCAAUUCCCCAGGACAAUGUCUUCAUCCUCGAGCAGACGCCCCAGCUGAUAGCCCUGCUAACGAUGAUCCGAGAUAAGAACACGGGCCGCGCAGACUUCAUCUUCUAUUCCAACCGCAUCAUUCGGCUGCUUGUGGAGGAGGGCCUGAACCACUUGCCCGUCGUCGGCCACGAGAUCAGCACCCCCGUGGGGAGGCACUAUGUCGGCGUCAAGUUUGAGGGCAAGAUCUGCGGCGUGUCCAUCAUGCGCGCGGGUGAGUCUAUGGAGCAGGGUUUGCGGGAUUGCUGCCGGUCGGUGAGAAUUGGCAAGAUUCUCAUCCAGCGGGACGAGGAGACGUCCAAGCCCAAGUUGUACUACGACAAGCUUCCGGAAGACAUUGCGGAUCGAUGGGUCCUCUUGCUGGAUCCGAUGCUGGCUACUGGUGGCUCGGCUCUCAUGGCAGUUGAGGUGCUCAAGAACCGGGGCGUACCAGAGGACCACAUCCUCUUCCUCAACCUCAUCGCCAGUCCAGAAGGAAUCAAAAAGUUUGCCGACGAGUACCCCAAGGUUAGGGUAGUGACGGCCUUUGUUGACCAAGGUCUCGACGAGAAGAACUACAUUGUUCCAGGUCUUGGUGACUUUGGCGACCGCUUCUAUACCAUGUAAAGGUUGGCAUUUUACAGUGGCAAUUUCCAAAGAAAAAGCUAGACCAUGAUCUACGAGCAAUGAGGACAUGUAUGCGCGUGCAUUUGACGGAUCACGUUGUAGGGAAUCGGGCCUCGACCUUAUAUGCAGUUCAAGCCAGUGCAAACAAACGGCCACAAGAGCUUGUGUUAUCCGUCCCACGUGACAGUUGAGACGGACAUGAUCAAAUAGCGUCCAUUGAGAAUUGCGUAUUGGUGCGCGA